CUACCAGGCCCAGACGAGUGAUUGGCCAAGGCGGGUCCCGUGACCAUGAAUUCCCUGCAAUUUCGCCGGAGUCCUGGGUUUAAUAGAGAGAGUCCCCAUACGCUUGUAUUUAUCAGCAAUAUACAAUUAUAAAGACCCAAAAUUUAAAAAAACAAAAAAGAGAGAACAAAAUCUUCCCCUCCCAAAAUCGCUGCAUCACACAAACCUGGGGGGGGCAGGAGGGGGGGUCCCUUCCGAUCCUCCCCCCUGACGCCCCCCCAGCAGGCCCCCUCCCCCACCAUUGAAAGCCAUGAAUUUUGAAUUUGAGAGGGAGAUUGGGUUUAUAAACAGCCAGCCAUCGCUCGCCGAGUGUCUGACUUCCUUCCCCGCUGUCUUGGAGACAUUUCAAACUUCAUCAAUCAAGGACUCGACAUUAAUUCCUCCUCCUCCUCCUUUCGAGCAAACCUUCCCCAGCCUCCAGCCCGGCGCCUCCACCCUUCAGAGACCCGGGAGCCAAAAGCGAGCCGAAGAUGGGCCCGCUCUGCCGCCGCUCCCCGCCGCCCCCCUGGCCCCCGAGUUCCCCUGGAUGAAAGAGAAGAAAUCCGCCAAGAAACCCAGCCAAUCCGCCGCGUCUCCUCCGGCCGCCUCCUCCGUCCCGGCCUCCGGGGUCGGAUCGCCGGCAGAUGGGCCGGGACUGCCGGAGGCCGCCGGCGGCGGGGCGCGCAGGCUGCGCACCGCUUACACCAACACGCAGCUGCUGGAGCUGGAGAAGGAAUUCCACUUUAACAAGUACCUGUGCCGGCCGCGACGCGUGGAGAUCGCGGCCUUGCUGGACCUCACCGAGAGGCAGGUGAAAGUGUGGUUCCAGAACCGGCGCAUGAAGCACAAGCGGCAGACGCAGCACCGAGAGCCGCCCGACGGGGAGCCAGCCUGCCCCGGCGCGCCGCAGAACACCGGCGAGCCAGCCGAAGAGCUUGUGGCUAGCCCGGGCCGCCCCUCCGUAUUGCGGGCCUCCCGAGCAGCCUGUUGUCACCCGCCCGAGGUCGCGCAGGGGCCUCCGGGCGCCUCAGGCCCCCGGCCUUUGGCCGCUCGCGUGGAGGGCGCGGACGCGCGGAGCCCGGGCGGCGCGCUGCGCGGGGCCGGCGUACGGGAGCCCGAGCCGUUGCCAGAAGACGCCUUCUCGGAGCGGCAGGAUUCGCCUUUCUUGCCCGACCUCAGCUUCUUCGCGGCCGACUCCUGUCUCCAGCUGUCCGGAGGCCUCUCCCCUAGUCUCCAGGGCUCUCUGGACAGCCCGGUUCCCUUUUCCGAGGAAGAGCUGGACUUCUUCACCAGCACGCUGUGUGCCAUCGACCUGCAGUUCCCUUAAUAACCCGCUUCCUUCUCUCGACCCCUGCCCCCCCCUCAGCAGCCUGCGGACAAACCCAAGGACCCCCCUCCCCAAGUCGUAUGGACUUCUUUAUGUGUUUUGCUAAAAUUCAGGUAUUAUUGAAUUAGCGUUUAAUCCACCUCCUUUCUUUAAAAUAUUGGACACACGGGCGUCUUUUAAAAAUUACACAUAAAAAAUCCGUUUGGUAGAGUCCUUCCAACGAAAUCUCAGGAAUAAUUAAACUCUGGGGAGGGGGGGGUGUGCUUUCUUAAAAAGAACUAGAGGAACAUAUUUUCCUCUUUCUCUCUCUCGCUCUUUUUUUUUUUUUAAGUUUUAGGCCGUAGAUUAUUUAUUAAAAUUCUUUACUAAUAGGAAAAGGGGAAAGUAUUUAUUGUAUAUUAUUUUCAUAGAUUAAAUAAAUGUCUUUAUAAUACGGAAACGAGUUAGUGUUUGUAUUGGGACCCAGCCCCUUUCCUCCCCGCACCCACUAGGCCAGGCCGCCCUCUCUGUCUGUCUGUCUGUCUCUCGCUCUGCCCUGGGCCGGGUAAGUCCGGGUGGUACAAAAGGGGCCCCUUGGAGGGAGAGGGUGUGCUGCCAACUGAAGUGAGAGCAAGAAGAGAUCUCAGGCACAGGCUUCAGAGUCGUGGUGGGAGGCGUAGAGGUUCAGCUAGAUUGGGAGGGUCCCUAGGGCUUCCUAGGCUUCUCGCCUCAGUGCCCCAAGCGGAAUGGAGGGGUUUUUUCCAGAACGCAGGACGCCUGGGGAACCCGAGGUCUGGGGUCAUGCGCAGGGCCAAGGAGUGGAGUGGGGUCGGGGGUUUUCUUGAGAAGCAGAGUCCCGUGCCCAGGGAUGGUCGCUGGCCUCCAAGUGGACAAGAAAGGAGGCCGUGUGGAAAAUGCAGCGGGGGCGGCCACUACUGCUCUUCAGGUCCCUCAGUCACCCUGAGGCUCCUGAGGUUGGGAGGAGCGUCCGAGGAGCUGCGGGGCGAUAAGCCUCGGGAGGCCCGGGCAGCGCUGGGAGGCGCUUGGCUUGUAUGGAGCGAAGGAGGAGCGAGAAGAGCGGGAGAGAGACAGGGAACCAGGAAGAUGCUCAAAAUGGCGCUGGGGUCGGGAGGCACGGAGGGGAGGGAAGAGACUGUGGCCGCCAUGACAGCCGCCUCAGGAUGCGCGCGGCCAGCCCCGGGACCGUCCCCGCACCCACCUUCACCUUUUUGGAUCAUCCCGAUGCCCGUGAAAACAGGGAGC